AUGUCGGUCAAGAACAAAGCAAUCGCGGACCCGUCGUUCACCACCAGCAGCGAAGAGAAUAAUAAUAAUAAUAAUAAUAAUAAUAACAAAGAAGCAACAACAGUCAUCCCCACGCAAAAGCAUUCCCAGGGGGUUUUACAGAUGCGAUCGUCCCAAACAGGAAGAGGAGGAAAAAAAAGAGGGCAAAAAGUGCCAAAAAGUGAAACCUCAAAUCUAGAGCAACAGUUGGUGGAAAUGAGUGACGAAAAAGCGAAUCAGCGCGUUCGCGGAGGUAUACAAAGCUGGGAAUUCGCGACGGUACAGAUGAUCAUGAAAAUGGAAGGGCAGUGUCGAGUGACGUUUCAGUUCCCAUCGGAUUUUGAUCGAGAGGUUGGACAGACGUUUAAAGUGUUUGGGAGGUUUAAAGUUAUUUUGAGCGAGAAGUUUGUCGAAGAGGCCCCGACGGAAGUGACCGGGAACGUCAUCGUGCACGAUAAGAGUCCAGCGAUGGAACAGUUUCGAAAGUUGGAACCAGGGGACGAGGUGAAGAUUUCGUGCUUUCGAACGUCCGAUUUGAUGGAUGGUCCCGAGUGCGAUGACAUUUACAAUCACGUUUUGGAAGAGGAAGAGGAAGAAACGAACGAGGACAUGAAAGGCGCGCAAAGUCUUUUUUUCCAGGACAACGACGUAGACGACGACGACUUGUUAAAGAUCACGCUCGGGAGCGAAGGUAAAGCCAAUCACGACGAAAUUUUGGAAGCGCAUCGACGAAACUUGGAACACGCGGCGUUGGAAUCGCCUUCGGCGGUGACGACGGGUGAACAACAACAACAACAACAACGCUCGAGCGCGGGUAGCGAACAAGGGUACGUCUCCGAACAAUCGUUUUUCGGCGAUUCAACCAUUCCGGAUGCGACGCCGCAGUGUUUCGUGGAACACCCCGGGGUUAUCUCGUGUUCGAAAAGGUUAGUUAAAGAGAACGACGACGGUUCGUUUGAGUUAUGGAUUAAAACGAAGGCAUUUCAAGCGGUGGAUUCCGAUCCUUCCAUUUACGAAUCGGUUUCAAAGAGAGGCUUGAUUGCCAUCGGCGCGAAAGCGUUGGAGGAAGAAGCUAAGCAGUUCUCGGAUAAGUGCAGAAACGAAGCCGUGGACGAAACGACCAGAGAGGCGAGCGAGUUUGCCAGAGAAAGAGAAAACAUCCACGCGGGCAUUACCAACAUUUUGCAGCACGGCGAUAUCGUCAACUGCGUCUCGCUCGCGAAAUUGAAUUCUUUUGGACAUCCGACAUAUAAAUUGCGCUUGCGAUGCCGAGAUACCGGGAGAGAGAUUGAUUGCAUGUUUAAACCGAAAAUUGUCGGCGAUGGCGACGGGUGGCACCAAGUCUUGAUGGAACUCGUUGCGUAUAAACUCAAUCGCGUUUUAGGAAUGGAUUACGUCCCGCCGACGGCGUACAGAAUGAAUCGAAAAGGACCGGCGUGUUCGAAGAAAGAUACCCAAAUGGGGAGCAAUCCAAUCCAAUGCGAUUACAAAGAGUUUGACGAAGGGGCGUUUAUCUAUUGGGCGCAAGAAUCACAAACGUUGAAAGAGGUCCAUCCGGAACACUGGAAGACUUCGCAGAAGCAAGUCUUGUCGGACACGAGAGUCAUGGACGUGUUACUCGGAAACUCCGAUCGACACCACGGUCAUUUUCUCUUUGCCGAACACUGGGUAGAUGCGAAUCCAAUUCCAGAAGUGUUUAAAAACGAAAUCAGCGACGACAACGGCGAUCGACAACAUAAGAACAAUCACAACAACGCAGAAGACACGCGAUCGAAUCAUUAUCCAAUUUUGAUUGACCACGCGGCGGCGUUUAGAGACGGCGCCUGGGUCGACAUGACUCACGAAAACGCGUUCCAAACCGGACCAACGUUAUGCGUUUCCGCGAAGACGUACUUCCGGCUGCGAUUACUGGACGCUCGAGCGAUUGCGAAAGAGUUUGACGGUAUUUUGACCACGUCCGAAUGCCGCCGACUUUUAUCCAGACGCAACGACUUGUUGCGGUAUUUAGACAAUCUCGUGGCCGAGAAAGGUUACGAAAAUGUCAUUCUGUAA